AUGCUUGAUCACAUCAUACCACCUAUUGACGAGCAAGCUCGUGCUGAGGCAGCCACCGUCAAAGCCAAUGAUCCCGACCUUUGGAAUCGUCUAGAUGUCGUUGUGUUGCAAUGGAUGUAUGCAACUGUCACACAAGAUAUACUCCAUUAUGUUCUUGUGAUUAACGACACCGCCGAACUAUGUUGGAAUCGUAUCGCCGCUAUGUUCAAUGAUAACAUGCACUCACGGGCCGUUCAACUUGAAAACCAGUUUAGUAAUACCAAUCUGGCAUAUUUUUCCUCCACCAAAGCCUAUUGCAACCGUCUCAAGCUCCUCUCCGAUCAACUCGCAAACGUUGAUUCUCCAGUCACAAAUACUUGUUUGGUAUUAAAAAUGAUCUCCGGUCUCACCGAGGCUUAUGACGGGUUCGUAACUUACAUCCAACAACACGGUCCUCUUCCAACCUUUGCAACCACAAAAUCAAGACUUGAACUUGAAGAAUCUACGAUGCUUCAGCGAGCCGCUCGUGACUCUGGCUCUUCCUCCACUCCGGAGGCACUCAUGGCCAAAACUCCACUGCCAAAUGAUGAUGUCCCUCGCCAUUCCUCUCCUGGUUACACUUAUCAAAACCGUAACCCACCAUCCAACACCUCUCGCGGAAACCGAGGCAAAAAGAACAACUGCAACAACGGUGGCCGGAACUACGGGACGGGCGAUCGGAUAGGUCCCAAUCAUUUCAACGACGGGGGUCGUGGUCAGGGUCAACAACAAUGGCAACAAUGGAUUCCAUGGCAAUAA